AAAGUUUACACAAGUUGUUAAAGUUUAUUAUAUGUUAUAAAUUUAUUUCAGGUGUUAUUUGAUAUGUAACAACCACAUAUAAUUAGCAACAUGUCUACAAUCAUGUUGAGUGCUUUUCGUAUGACAUACAGUAAAGCAAUUGUCUGCCGCGCAGUGUAUUAUUCUUCACAGCCUGAAUAUGCGAGUAAAACAAUUAACAAAGUAGUGAACGUUGCCAUAAUUGGUGCUCCUAAUUCUGGGAAAAGUACUCUAAUCAAUAAUAUUGUUGAAAGAAAGAUAUGCGCUGCUUCGAAUAAAGUCCACACUACUACGAAACUUGUUAGGGUGAUGUGUUUUCAAAAUGACACUCAAAUUAUAUUUCUUGACACACCUGGAGUUGCCACUGAGAAAGAACAGAAAAGAUACAAGCUCCCAGACUCCAUGAUAAAUGCUUGUCACAAAAGCCUCCGAUGUGCAGACGUGAUAGGAGUAGUCCAUGAUAUCUCCAACAAGUGGACCAAAGACAACUUACACACUGAUGUACUCAACAUGCUGAACAGUGCUCAGAGCAUACCUAGUUUUCUGAUUAUUAAUAAAAUUGACAAAUUGGAAUCAAAAAGGCAGCUAUUAUCUGUAAUAAGGAAUUUGACCAAUGGGAUGAUUGCUGGGAACCCGGUGAAUGGCCCUGAGACUGAUAGCAGAAAAAAGAGAAGAGAAAGGGGUUAUAGCCACUUUUCUGACAUUUUCUUGGUAUCAGCUUUAAAUGGCGAUGGAGUGAAGGACAUUAAGGAUUAUCUCAUCAGUAAUGCUAAGCCUGCUUCUCUACACUACUCUCCAGAAGAAUGGACUGACCAAACGCCAGAAUCUUUAAUAGAGGAAGCAGUCCGUGCCAAGUUUCUAGAUUUCCUGGCUCAGGAGUUGCCUUAUAACCUCAAAAUUGAGCUAGAAUAUUAUGAAAACCUGGACGAAAAAAUUAUCUGUUCCGUCUCCGUAGAAUGCCCUUCAGACAGAAUAGCUAGACUUAUAUCUGGAGCUGGUGGGGGCAGACUUCAACAAAUCAAAUCACAAACUAGGAAUGACUUAGUAGAUCUUUUCAAAAAGCCAGUUGUUAUUAGUAUUCAAUUGAAAGUUAAACCUAAACUAUAAGAUUACUUUUUAGAAUUAUAAAUGUGUUUUUUUUUUUUCUUUGUUUCACUCUACUCAAAAUUUGAAUGAAACCUGCAAUAAAAUUAGGGUCUUGAGCAAAUUUUGUCACUAGCCAAAAGUGGCUCAUAUAAUAUUCGAUUUCAUAAAAUUUUUGAUUCUGAUUUCAGCGCCUGUAUCUUGUAAAAACUAUUUGUAUUUUCUAAAAAAGUUGUAAAGCAUAAAUAUUCAUAGCCAUCCUUUUUAGCAAAAUCUCGCGCCAUCCUAGAAAGAUCCUAACCCUAGGCAUUGACGUAGAUAUCUAUGGCCCUGUUUUUUAACGUGCUGCGUCAAAAAUGACAUGUUGUGUGAGAACUGUAAAUUUUAGAUAAAUAUUGUUAAAAUAACAUAAUAUAUUUUUUAGUAGCACCAGAAGAGUAAUUUAAAAUGAAGUGCCCUAAAUGCUGUAAAGGCUGUAAACUGCUCGACCGACUGUGCGUGGCGCCAGCCUGCUGCUGGGUCGUAAACCUGAGGACCGGGAGUCUCAUCGUGGCCUAUAUCGUUAUCAUACCUCUGAUCAGUAUGACUGUGGCCCUCCUAUUUUUUACGUUCGAGUAUGAAGACAAACCAUUUUCAUUGAUGGAAGCCGGUGCUCUGUACUGUAUUUUCUUAGUAAUGUUGAUUAUGAGUGUUCUUCUACUCAUCGGCAUAUAUACACGGUCUCGGUGCCUCCUAGCAGCAUACGCCUGGCAUAUCAUACUUCACAUAAUCAUCAUGGUGAUAUUCUUCGUUUACGGAGUAAUGCGUUUCACGUCGCGGGGUAUUGUAACCGGUGGUUUGUUAUUGAUGUGUACAUUUUUAUUAGCUAUUUUAUAUGUAACGGCUUGUUAUCAUUUUUUUCUUGUUGUAAAUUCUUAUAGAAUGAAAAUGAUACCAGUACAAAAUGUUUGAACAUUGAUUUAUUUUUUUUCGUUAGUUUUUAUGUUCUCAUUUCUUAGUAAGCACACUAAGCAAAUGCCCUCGCGCGAAAUUGCUUUAAAACAAACUGCCUCUUUUAAAACAAAGUAGUCAUCUUCCUAUUUGAGUAUUAAUACUAUUAAUAUUACCUAUAUGAAAUAUAUUGUGAUUUUUUAAAUACUGUGAUGGUGCU